UAUGCUAAUUACACAAUUUGUUAUGAAGGUGGUCAAUAAUACAACUAGAAAAAGCUAUGGUGCAGUAUUCAAUAGCUUUUACGGUUUGGAGGGGGCCUAUGAGGAGCAUUACAAGAAUGCAUUUGGAACAAAGUGUUGGAGCUUAGGACCAGUUUCAUUAUGGGCAAACCAAGAUGUUUCUGAUAAGGCAGAAAGAGGUGACACAAAUGUAGAAGGAGAUAGUAGUUUGUUUAAAUGGCUUAAUUCCAAGAAAGAGAAUUCUGUUCUCUAUGUAAGUUUUGGUAGCAUGAACAAGUUCCCAUCAUCUCAACUCAUUGAAAUAGCUCAUGCACUUGAAGUAUCUAGUGUGGAUUUCAUUUGGGUAGUUCGUAAAAGUAAUGAUAAAGAAGGUGAAGGUUUUAUGGAGGAGUUUGAGAAAAGAGUGAAAGAAAGCAAUAAGGGUUAUUUGAUAUGGGGUUGGGCACCACAAUUGUUGAUACUUGAGAACAAAGCUAUUGGAGGAAUUGUGACUCAUUGUGGUUGGAACACAGUAGUUGAAAGUUUGAAUGUUGGGUUGCCUAUGGUGACUUGGCCUUUAUUUGCUGAACAAUUUUUUCAUGAGAAAUUGGUGGUUGAAGUGUUAAAAAUUGGGGUGUCACUAGGGAUUAGAGAAUGGAAAAAUUGGAAUGAGUUUGAUACUAAGGACAUUGUGAAAAGGGAUGAUAUUGCAAAGGCUAUUGGUUUGGUGAUGACAAAUAGAAAAGAAGUUGAGGAGAUGAGAUUAAGAGCUAAAAAUUUGAGUGAUGAUGGAAAGAAAGCUAUACUUGUUGGUGGGUCUUCUCAUGCCAAUUUGAUACAAAUAAUUGAGGAGCUUAAGUCACUCAAACAUCAAAGGCACUAUGGUAAUUAAAUAGGCCAAUUUAAAUGUUUAUUAUUGCUUUUAAAAUAAGUCACUUGAAUGCAAAUUUCAAGAUAUUAGUAUUGUGUGGAAGUGUUUUGGAACUUUGGAGUUUGUAUUUUUAUUUUCAAUGAAGAGGUUGACUUGUUGCAAAAUCAAAUGAAUUCAAGUUUUCUUGAUUUGGAA